UUCGUUGCAGCUGCGAAAUCAUUUGGCAAAAUGUUUUCUUCCCUGAUCCUGAGUUUUAUCGUAGCGACGUUUUUACGUCAGACGAUGGCAUCGCAUUUUCGCGGUGGGAUCGUAACCUGGAAGCCGGAUGGAAAUAUUACGAACAAGGUGAUUUUUAAUUUCCGGAUGGGUUUCCGAAGAUCCUUUUCCAAUUCGUACUACUGUGACAAUUCAGUGGUUGCCAACCAGGGCAUCGUGGGAGGAGGAGCGAGCUGGAGGGCACAUCACGACAAAAGAUAUUAUUCAAGAAUGAGAGUGGGAGAUACAGGAUAUCACUGCACAGACUUUAGUGUCCAAGAGGACUGGACACAAGGUGAAAACAGUUUUGAGUACACUUUCCCGGAUGAAGGACCCUGGCUCAUAAGUUACUCAAGCUGCUGUUGGAUUUCGCUCACAAACGGGGGAGGCAAUUGGUUUCUCUCGACCACUGCCAACCUGACCGUGCGGCCAGAUAUCGGCAAAAUCAACUCCUCUCCAAUCUCAGCAUUAUCUCCCAUUGUGCGACACCAGCAAGGCUGUCCGAAAACGAUCACUAUUCCUGCUGAGGACCCAGAUGGUGAUAAAGUCCGCUGUCGAUGGUCAAAUGAUUCUCAGAGAGAGUGCGGUGGUGUUUGUCAUAGUUUUAAAAGUGGAGCACUGGACGAGGAAAAAUGCACUCUGAGUCUCUACAGCAAUGCUGCUCUUGGUUGGCAUGCAGUAGCCAUCACCCUAGAGGACUUCCCAGCCUCGACUACAAAUUUCCAAAGCGCCACUCCUUUCAGUCAGGUGGGCCUUCAGUUUCUUGUUUACGUGAGUCCAUCUUCCGGUCCGUGCAACAGGGCCCCAGUCCUUAUCGGCCAAAGCCCAAAUGAUGGUUCGUGUGAAGAAGUGUCAAAUGGUAAUACGUUUUCUUGCACUAUUGAAGCAAAACAUAUCGACUCUUCAAGAAGAAUUUCCGAGAUCAAUACCGUCACACCUCUUUACAUGGUUAUUUCCUCCCUCCUGAACUACACUGAUCAAAUGGGGGACACUGUCUAUUACAACAACGUAUCAUGGAAUCCGCGGUUAUCACAGAAAGGAAGACACAUAUUUUGUUUCAAAGCAAUGGAUAACUAUGGAAUUGAAACUGAGGAGAGAUGCAUCACACUACUAGUGGGAUCAAACAACACUCCGAGUCCGUUGUUGUAUUCUCGUACACCUGUGGUUCCUCAGUUGAUUUGGUCGUGGCCAGAGUGGUUUGGAUUUGUGAACUUCAACAUAACUUUUGACCAACAGAUCAAGAGGCCAAGACACUCCAAGUUUGUACGGAUCGUCGUAGAGGGUCACGUGAUUUACAAGCUUGACACGCGUUCUUCGAGCGACGUUACCUUCGACCAAUUCACCCUAACGUUCCGCCUACCUCAACGUGUUCUCAGUAUGCAAGGUAACUACUCUAUUACAAUUGACCGUGGUGUUGUGGUGGGUGUCGGAUGUACAUCGGAUGGUCCGCCUUCCCCAGGAAUCAGUUCCUUCAAAAGCUGGCGUUUCGAAAUUGGUGUUUGUUCCAAGGGAACCUAUUUGAAUACCCUCAGUUGCAAAGAGGUGGAUGAAUGCUCUACGCCACUUUCCAUUCUGAGCCGGAAGAAAAGAAGUCAUUAUUGGUAUUACAGAAGUUACCAAGUAUCUUCUUCACGAGGCAUCACUUCAGCUGUCACCGCCAUUUUACCUACACCAGUUUCUUUGCGAGCUACUCCAGCCAUUUAUUCUCCUUCCAUUUUACAAACAUCUCCACACACAAGUGCAAACUCGCUAAACAUUAAGGCGACAGCUACCUCGAUAACACCUGCUGCAUCCAGUACACCAUUUGUACUACACCUACCUGCCAAUUGUCAGCAUGACUGUGUUAACACGUGGGGAAGUUAUUACUGUACUUGUCGUCAGGGAUACAGGUUAGAGGUGGAUGGGAGGAAUUGUCUGGAUAUAAAUGAAUGCGAAACUCAAAAUGGCGGCUGCACCCACCAGUGUGUAAAUAUACCAGGAGGUCACUACUGCAAAUGUCCAGAGGGUGUGACGAUGGGCUUUGACAACAAGACUUGCCAUGAACCUGGUAUUACGGUGAAAUGCACUGGUGAAGCCAUGUUUAUCUUUCUGGAGAGAAAAUCUUUUCAAGGCUUUGAUCCAAACAAGCUAGCACUGCUUUACUCGUCAUGCCGCGCGUCUUAUAAUGAUUCCCACAUAUCUUUGCGCACGAGUCUCAACGAUUGUGGAACCACGCAUAACGAAAGCGAGGACGCGAUAACUUUCUACAACGAAGUGCGAAGUGUUCAGUCCUACUGCGGCAACAUCAUCACUCGGGAACAAAACGUGUCAAUUCUUUUCUACUGCAGUUAUAGACGUAAGGCCUUGCUACGAAAUCCAAGUUUCAAAAUCUGGAAGACCCAUUUCACAGCUUCGGAAGGUGGAUAUGGUAACUUCACAUUCACAAUGGAUCUAUUCAAGACGGGCAGAUAUCUUACACCGUACAGCUAUAAUGACUAUCCAAUCACGGUUCAUCUUCGGGAUCGCUUGUUUCUUCAGUUAGCGGUCCGUUCAUACCAGUCUAACCUGGUUCUCUUUGUCGACACCUGCAAGGCGACCACCACUACUGAUCCGUACUCAGUUCCUCAGUAUAUCUUCUUACAAAGAGGAUGUAAGCUGGAUUCAACCCUCAAUUAUUCGUACUCCAUCAGCUCCAAACAGCGUUUUAGUAUUCAAGCGUUCCGUUUUAUUGAAGACCAUCCAGUAGUGCAUCUUCACUGUGAAGUUCUGGCUUGCCAUCGCAACACUGCCCGCUCCCGCUGCCUUCAGGGAUGCUCCCGCUAUCGUGGACGGAGAAGCGAUCGCGAGGCAUAUGGUUCUGAGAGUACUAAGGCGUACGACAUGUCGUCUGGACCAAUCAAUUUCAAAAAAGAGUCGAGCGGAACGGAAACGAAAGAAGCUGAAACUCAAAGCAACAUGGGCAUAAUCACAAUAAUGGCGGCAUCCGGCGGAUUUUGUCUCCUUCUUGUUAUCAUUCUGAUCAUUGUCGUCAUCCGAAUGAAGAAACAGAACAAAGUCUACGCCAUGGAACAGUAUGGCAAAAACUUCAAGCAAGAGAACAACAACUUUGGCUUCACUCAGGAUAACGAUCUGAACGAGAUGGGACACAAGCCAAUUAUUAUGAAACCCGUGCACAGAAACCUCAUCUCUUAACUGCGCUAUUACUUUGGAGAAGUUGAUGCGGAAAAAAUAAGCGUUUCCCCGAAGGAUUUUAACGCCUUGGACUGAUAUAUGUUAAGGACUGGAAUGCUCGUACAAAAAUGUGGAUUUCCC